CAGCCUGUGGAACAUCCUGAGGAACAACAUUGGGAAAGACCUGUCCAAAGUGGCCAUGCCCGUGCACCUGAACGAGCCCCUCAACACCCUGCAGCGUCUGUGUGAGGAGCUGGAGUACAGUGAGCUGCUAGAUCGGGCCGCUGGCACCCAGGACCCCUUUGAACGCAUGGUUUACAUUGCCACGUUUGUUGUAUCAGGUUACGCAUCCAGCUACUAUCGCACUGGAGGAAAGCCUUUUAAUCCUGUCCUUGGAGAGACAUACGAAUGUGAUCGGCCAGAUAAAGGCUUUCGGUUUCUGGCUGAACAAGUCAGUCACCAUCCACCAAUUUCAGCCUGUCAUGCAGAAUCAAAAAACUAUAUCUUCUGGCAAGAUGUAAGAUGCAAGAAUAAGUUUUGGGGGAAAUCUAUGGAGAUUGUUCCUAUUGGUACAACCCAUGUUACUCUGACUGGAUCUGGAGAUCACUACGAGUGGAACAAGGUGACAUCCUGUGUGCAUAACAUUCUGAGUGGCCAGCGUUGGAUUGAGCACUACGGAGAGAUCACCAUCAGAAACACCAGCAAUGAUGUGUGUCAGUGCAAGAUCACUUUUGUGAAGGCUAAAUACUGGAACUCAAGUGUGAAUGAAAUCGAGGGAACUGUCACUGAUAAAAAAGGAAAAGUUGUCCAUAGACUUUUUGGAAAAUGGCAUGAAGCUGUGUAUUGUGGAGAUCCUCCAUCAGCCACCUGUGUCUGGAGAGCAAGUGCAAUUCCAGUAGACUUUGAGAAAUACUAUGGCUUUACCAAGUUUGCCAUUGAGCUGAAUGAGCUGCACCCCUCACUUAAACUGCUGCUACCACCGACAGACACCAGACUGCGAGUGGACCAAAGACUGCUGGAGGAGGGGAAGCUGGAGGAGGCUGAGGAGCAGAAGCAGCGAAUUGAAGAAAUGCAAAGGGAGCGGCGCAAAACUCUUGAGGAGAGCAAUGUGGCACACCAACCCAAAUUCUUUAGGAAAUCUAAAGACGACACGUGGGUCAGUACCAACACUUACUGGGAGCUGAGGACAGACCCAGGCUUUGGACACAUAGACUUCCCAACACUGUGGUGAUCUUGCAGAAGCCCACUGCACGGGCUCGGCUCAGUUUCUCUGUUGCAAUUCAUCAUGUAUGGCCUUAAAUACAAGUGCUUUUUAAGUUACACACAUUUUAUGCAAGAAUAUAAUGUAAAAUUUGAAUAAUUACAGUGAAUGUAAUCAUUGAUCUCAUUAACUAGAAAUAGUGGAAAGCAGAUUUUUUAAUGAAUUUACAUGAGCUUAAGGAACAAUGUUAAAUUCAGCUGCUGUUUUUUUCAUGGACUACCUCUGAAACAUUAUAUCGGUUGCCAUUACUUAAAAACAAAUUAUUCUGCAUCCACAUUAUGCCUUAAUGGUUAUAUCAUGAUUAUGUUUUACAAGGAUUGUUCAUCUCUUGUUAUGCUUUGUGUAUAUGUGAAUUUGAGCUAAAAUUUGUAGCAAGUCUUAAACCAUUUCAUUCGAUGCAACAGUGUCUUCUACAACAAUAUGGACUGUCAGACUGAUGUGUCUUAAACUUUGCUCCAUGAGCUCCAAUAAACAAUAUUGUUUAAUGAUGUAAUUGCAUUUAUAGUUGGUUGCAAUGUACAUUUGAAUUAUGUAAGUGACUCAUAAUUUAAUUUUCAUC